GCCAUUUUGUUAGCGCACGGGGUGCGCGGUGAUGGUGCGUACGGGGCGCAAGGGAAGGUUGUCGGCGCAGAGCUGUCACAUUGUACUUGGCGCAGGCGCGGCCCGGCGCCGGUAAAAUGCGAGAGGGGCGCCGCGCGCUCCACCGCACCGCCGCUCUGCUGUUUGCCUGCCUACUCUUCCUCACCUCGCAAGUCGACGCCUCUGAUCCCCCCGAGAUCACGAUCCGGCCGCGCAAUCUCCAAGUUCGUGCAAAUGGCAUAGCCGCCUUCUACUGCGCAGCCAGAGGUGACCCCGUGCCCAACAUUCAGUGGCGAAAGAACGGCAAACGAGUUUCAAGCAUGCAAUCCCGGUAUCAAGUAUCUGGCAUGGACUCAGCAGCAGGCCCUGGUGCGAACGGCGCCGUACUGCGCAUCGAACCUGUGCGUGCGCAGCGAGACGACGCCACGUAUGAAUGUGUGGCUGAGAAUGGAGUUGGAGAUGCUGUGACUGCUGUUGCUACCCUGACUGUUUUUGAAGCUGACAAAGUACCUCCCGGGUUCCCGAACAUAGCGCCACCCCCGACCACAAUGGUGGUAGAGGUUGGCCACACAGCCACCCUGCCGUGUCAGGCCACUGGGAACCCUACGCCAAAGAUCAAAUGGCUCUGGAACUCUUUACCACUUGAUGUAGCAUCGAACCCGAGAUACGCGUUGCUCAAUGAUAAGAUGCAUGGUACGCUACAAAUAGUAAAGAGUGAGGAAGAAGACCAGGGCCGCUUCGAGUGCGUCGCUGAAAACUCCAUUGGCACCGAAUUCUCCAAACCCACCUCUUUGUAUGUCAAAGUGCGAAGAGUCGCCCCGCAGUUCUCGAUACCGCCUCCGCCAAAGUCCGAAGUUAUGCUGGGAGGUAACCUGACUCUCAAGUGCGUGGCUUUCGGAUCACCCAUGCCUACUGUCAAGUGGAGGAAAGGCUUAACCCAGUGGCUGACACCAGAAGAUAACCCGCCUCUCGGCCUUAACACGCUUAAGCUGGAAGAUAUCCGCGAAUCCUCAAACUACACCUGCGAGGCGGCCAGCGUGCUGGGUGUCAUCGAAGCCGUAGCUGAGGUUAAAGUCCAAUCACUACCGGGCCCACCAACUGAAGUCCGAGCGUCCGAAAUCACAGCAACUACAGUUCGGCUAGCGUGGACCUACAGUGGACCUGAGGAGCCGCAGUACUACGUUAUUCAGUACAAACCUAAAUAUGCCAAUCAGGCUUUCAGCGAAAUCUCAGGCGUGAUUACUCAAUACUACUCUGUGACGAAUCUCUCACCUUACACUGAGUACGAAAUGUACGUUAUUGCUGUGAACAACAUUGGUCGAGGACCUCCAUCGGCACCAGCGGUCAUUACUACAGGAGAAACCGUGGACUCUCUAUAUGGAGGUGCCAAACCUGGUUCAGCGCCACGCAACGUUCAAGUACGCCCACUAAGCUCCAGUACCAUGGUCAUACAGUGGGACGAACCCGAGACUCCGAAUGGACAGGUUACGGGAUACAAAAUUUAUUACACGACAGAUCCCUCUCAACCCUUGCAGUCGUGGCAUUCCCAAAUGAUGGACAACAGCCACCUAACAACGAUAAGUGAGCUGACCCCGCAUACAGUGUACACCAUACGUGUACAGGCGUUCACCUCCGUGGGCCCCGGCCCCAUUUCCGCACCUGUACAGGUUAAAACUCAACAAGGUGUUCCUUCUCAGCCAUCAAACUUGGUGGCCGUGGAGGCCGGUGAAACAUCAGUGACGUUAUCAUGGCGACGGCCCGCCCAUGCAGGAGACAACAUUGUCUCGUACGAGUUGUACUGGAACGAUACUUAUGCCAAGGAACAUCAUCGGAAGCGGAUACCAAUAACAGAGACGUAUACCCUCAAUGGCCUCUACCCAAAUACAUUGUACUACAUUUGGCUGGCAGCGAGGUCGCAGCGUGGCGAGGGGGCUACGACGCCACCCAUCGCAGUCCGAACCAAGCAAUACGUUCCUGGAGCGCCACCAAUGAAUGUGACUGCUGUGCCGGUGUCACCGACUGCCAUCCGCGUGACCUGGCAACCGCCGCCAGCUGAGCGCGCGAACGGCCGGAUCGCUUACUACAAGCUACUUUGCGUGGAAUCUGGAAGGGGAGACUCUGAGGCUACUGUUGUGAAACUUAACCAAACCUCUUUCGUACUGGAUGAGCUGCGCCGCUGGACGGAAUAUCGCAUUUGGGUGCUUGCGGGGACUAGCGUGGGCGACGGACCCGCCUCCUAUCCUGUCACUGUCCGCACGCAUGAAGACGCCAUAAGGAUGCCUGGCGAGCCCCAAGACGUGAAGGUCACCGCCAUCAACUCCACGUCCAUUCAUGUGACUUGGAAGCCCCCUCUAGAGAAAGAGAAGAAUGGUAUCAUUAGAGGCUAUCACGUUCACGUACAAGAAGUGCGAGAAGAGGGCAAGGGUCUUCUGUAUGACCCUAUGCGUUUCAACGUUAUGGAAGAUACUACUCUGGAGCUGAACAUCUCAGGACUGCAGCCAGACUCCCGGUACAACGUACAAGUGGCCGCUCUGACAAGGAAGGGAGACGGAGACCGUAGUUCGCCGGUGUCAGUGAAGACACCCGGUGGUGUGCCAAACCGGCCUACCGUUAACCUUAAGGUUUUGGAGCGUGAACCAGUAGUAUCGAUAGAAUUGGAAUGGGCGAAGCCUACACAAACCUAUGGAGACUUAUUAGGUUACCGGUUGAGAUACGGAAUCAAAGAUCAACCCCUUGACGAAGAAAAUUUCUCAGGAACUAAAAUUACUUCACACAGAAUACAUGACUUGGAAAGAGGCGUACAAUACGAGUUCAGAGUAGCAGGAAGAAAUCAUAUCGGUAUUGGACAAGAAACUAUCAAAUACUGGUUAACUCCAGAAGGAGCACCAAAGGGGCCGCCAGUAAACGUUACUUAUCACUUCCAAACACCAGAUAUUAUCAGCAUAAAAUGGGAGCCACCUUUAAGAGAGGACCGUAGCGGACAAAUAAAAAAAUAUGACGUGCAAUUUUAUAAACGCGGAGAUCCGUCGUCUCAAAUCGAAAAAACGACAGAACAAACGAAGGCUGUAUUUACUGGUUUAGAAGAAGAUGCUCAUUACAUAUUUAAAGUUCGAGCUUAUACUGCUCAGGGACCUGGACCGUAUAGCAAGGACGUGACGGCUCAUACUGAACGGGACAUCGGUAGGGCGCCUAUGUCAGUUAAAGCCGUCGCUACUUCGGAAUCUGGUGUGGAAGUUUGGUGGGAACCUGUACCUUCAAGAAGGAAAAUUAUUGGCUACGUCAUCUUUUACACUAUGGCACCGGUAGAAGAUUUGGAUGAAUGGAGUCAGAAGACUGUUCAUGUAACACAUUCAGCAGAUUUAGAAAAUUUGGAAAAAUUUGCGGAGUAUGCUAUUGCCGUAGCAGCGAAAACGAGCGAAGGUCUAGGAAGACUAUCAGAAAAAGUUACCGUUAAAGUGAGGCCUGAAGAAGUGCCCUUACACCUCAGAGCUCAAGAUGUAUCCACCCACUCCAUGACUCUGUCAUGGUCACCUCCGUUACGCUUAAACCCCAUUAGUUAUAAGAUAUCGUACAACGCCAUUAAAGAAUUUGUAGAUUCGCUUGGUAUGACACAAACACAAGAAAUUCCAAAAAGGGAGAUUGUGUUAAAGCAUGAUAGGACUUCUUUUUCCAUAAAUGACCUUUCUCCAUUCACAACAUACAGUGUAAAUGUGAGUGCCAUACCGAACGAUGAGUCAUACAGACCACCGACAAAGAUAACGGUUACGACGCAGAUGGCUGCACCAAAACCUAUGGUAAAGCCAGAUUUUUACGGCGUUGUUGAAAACGAAGUUCUUGUAAUUCUACCUCAAGCUUCUGAAGAAUAUGGGCCUAUUUCCCAUUAUUACUUAGUCGUAGUUCCUGAUGACAAAGCGCAUAAUCAUAUGAACCCUGACCAGUUCCUAACCGAUGACUUAAUUAAAAACAAUGCUAGAACAGAUGACGAAAAUGCUCCUUACAUUGCUGCAAAAUUCUUACAACGAAACAUUUUGUACACAUUCCAUCUCGGCAACGACGAAAUGUAUGAAGGCUUCCUGAACCGAAAGUUAAAUCCCACCAAGAAAUAUAGAGUGUUCGUAAGAGCUGUUGUAGAUACUCCACAGAAGCACUUAUACACGUCAAGUCCAUUUUCUGAAUAUUUGUCUCUAGACAUGCGGGAAGCGCCCCCAGGAGAAGAACCGAGCAGGCCUGAUCCGAAGGACAUGCAUGAGAAUCCUGAUAUCACUAUUGAGGAGAACAAAAAAGAAGCUGGUAUGGUAUGGGUUAUCGGUCCAAUUAUUGCAGCUUUAACACUUUCCCUGCUAUUGGUAUUACUGUUCCUAGCAAAACGACGAAGACAACCCUGUAAAACUCCUGACCAAGCGGCUGUAACUCGUCCAUUAAUGUCAGCCGACGUUGGAUUUGGAGCUCCUUCCGAUCCUGUUGAAAUGAGAAGACUAAACUUCCAAACACCAGCAAUGAUCUCACACCCACCAAUCCCUAUAUCCGAACUUGCUGAACAUAUUGAUAGAUUAAAAGCCAAUGAUAACCUCAAAUUUUCUCAAGAGUAUGAAAGUAUUGAACCUGGUCAACAAUUUACGUGGGAUCAUUCUAACAUGGAGGUCAACAAACCUAAAAAUCGCUACGCUAACGUAAUAGCAUAUGACCACAGUAGAGUGAUUUUACAACCAAUUGACGGAAUACUCGGAAGCGAUUAUAUUAACGCUAACUACUGCGAUGGCUAUCGGAAACAUAACGCCUACGUUGCAACUCAAGGCCCUCUACAGGAGACAUUUGCUGAUUUCUGGCGAAUGUGCUGGGAACUACGAACAUCCACAAUUGUGAUGAUGACAAAACUAGAAGAAAGGACCAGAAUCAAAUGCGACCAGUACUGGCCUAGUCGGGGAAGCGAAACGUAUGGCACAAUGACAAUUACCAUCGCCGAAGUUCAGGAACUUGCCACUUAUUGCAUCCGAACAUUCCAAGUUACUAGGAAUGGUGGCGCAGAACGUAGAGAGAUUAAGCAAUUGCAAUUUACAGCGUGGCCCGACCAUGGUGUACCUGAUCAUCCAGCUCCAUUCUUACAAUUCUUGCGACGUGUCCGAGCUUUGAAUCCACUGGAUGCCGGUCCGCUAGUUGUCCACUGCUCUGCUGGCGUUGGGCGCACAGGUUGCUUCAUCGUCAUCGACUCGAUGCUUGAGAGAGCUAGACACGAACGUACCGUUGACAUUUACGGUCACGUUACUUGUUUGCGAGCUCAACGCAACUACAUGGUGCAAACUGAGGAUCAAUACAUUUUCAUUCACGACGCCUUGCUCGAGGCUGUUGUUUGUGGAGACACAGAGGUGCCAGCUCGAAACCUACACGCACACAUUCAAAAGCUAAUGCGUAUUGAUCCUAUUGAAAACAUCACUGGUAUGGAAUUGGAGUUCAAGAAGUUGGCUAACAUGAAAGCGGACUCCAGUCGCUUUGUUUCUGCCAGUUUACCCAGCAAUAAACACAAGAAUCGACUUGUCCACAUUUUGCCGUAUGAAUCUACCCGUGUUUGCUUGACACCUCGUGAUGGAUCUGACUACAUUAAUGCGUCUUUCAUCGACGGGUACAGAUACAAAUCUGCUUACAUUGCAACUCAAGGACCUUUACCGGACACUACGGAUGACUUCUGGCGAAUGUUGUGGGAACAUAAUUCCACUAUUAUUGUGAUGUUGACUAAGCUGAAGGAAAUGGGCAGGGAAAAAUGUCACCAGUAUUGGCCUUCUGAUCGCUCUGUGCGCUACCAAUGUUUCGUAGUCGACCCAAUUGCAGAAUACAACAUGCCUCAGUACAUUUUGAGAGAAUUCAAGGUGACCGAUGCUCGCGACGGCGCGUCUAGAACGGUUCGUCAGUUCCAAUUCACGGACUGGCCUGAACAGGGAGUGCCUAAGAGCGGCGAAGGUUUCAUCGACUUCUUGGGACAAGUGCACAAGACCAAGGAGCAAUUUGGACAAGAUGGACCCAUCACCGUUCAUUGCAGCGCCGGAGUGGGCCGUACAGGUGUGUUCAUUACACUAUCGACGGUGCUGGAACGGAUGCAGUACGAGGGCGUGGUCGAUGUCUUCCAGACAGUGCGCACGCUGCGCACGCAACGCGUCGCUAUGGUGCAAACUGAGGACCAGUACGAAUUCUGCUACCGCGCAGCGCUGGAGUACCUCGGCUCAUUUGACCACUACGCCAACUGACCCUGAGACAUGCUCGUCUAAACACUACGUACCGUACUACGUACUUAAUUCGCGAAGAUAUUGCUGAUUGAAAUUGAGCAUAAAAUAACCUAAAAUUGGCACAUCUAGGAAAACAAAGAAUUAAGUUUUUUUUCUUGUUCUUUAGUUGUCACAUCUUC